AUGUACAGGCCCUACUUCUCAUUCGAUGAAGUUAUCAUCUUCGAUGCCCAUGCUCUGGAGGUGCCCGCCAUCUUCAACACCACCGAGUCACGAGUCGCGUUUAGGCAAGCAUCCCUGCACGUCGCAACCAGAGACGAAUCAGAUCUGAUCUACAUGCUGCCUUCACUUGUGAAAGAGGAUGACUUUGUAGUGCUCAUGUGGGACACAGACUUGGUGGGCAUUUUUGGGACCCUUGAAUGGGGCUUGUUGGCGGACCUCCUGUCGCAAAAGCACAGUCUCGUCGAUGAACUCUACAUCGAGCUGCAUUUCCUGUACGGCCAGUGCCCAGGGUUCACUUAUAUAUAG